UCCAAAAUCUCCAACAACUCUUUCAAACUGCCAUCAUCUUCUUUCCUUGAGAUCCCUCCCUCCCUCUCUCUCUCUCUCCGACCCAGAAAGCAAGAGAGAGAGUGAUGUCAGCAGUAGUGGCUUCAUCGUCAGCAGCAGUUGCUGCAGUCGGGGGAGAUGUAUGGAAGGCUCACGCGGCCAUGGCAAUGGUUCAGCUCUUCAACGGAGGCUAUCACGUAAUUACCAAAGUAGCCCUCAAUGUGGGUAUCAGCCAGCUUGUCUUCUGUCUCUACAGAGACCUUCUCGCUCUCGCCAUUCUCGCUCCAAUCGCCUACGUCCGUGAGAAGCGGAUUCGGCAGCCAAUGAACAGACGCCUCUUCAUUUCCUUCUUCUUUCUUGGGCUAACGGGGAUUUUUGGCAACCAGCUUUUGUUUCUUAUUGGUCUUGGCUACACAAAUCCAACAUACGCUGCCGCCAUACAGCCUGCUAUCCCUGUUUUUACUUUUAUCUUAGCAGUACUCAUGGGCACAGAAAGAGUGAAUUUGCUCAGAGCUGAAGGGCAGGCAAAAGUUACUGGUACACUUGUAUGUGUUUCUGGUGCCAUUUUAAUGGUCUUAUUCCGAGGGCCUGCUUUGAUUGGAAGUACGGAGCCAGACUAUGCAUUACACAGUGAGAUAAGUGCGAGAGGACAACCAGAGCCUGUUGGGUGGUUGAUGUCCUCUUUCCUGGAUUUUGGGUUUGAUAAUUUCCAUCUUGGAGUCUUAUGCUUAAUAGGGAAUUGCAUGUGCAUGGCGGCUUUCUUAGCCAUUCAGGCUCCACUUCUGAAAAGAUAUCCCUCCAAUCUCUCAGUCACUGCAUAUUCGUACUUAUUUGGUGCUUCAUUCAUGGUGGUGACUGCAUUAUUUAUGACCAAUGAAUCAACUGACUGGAGCUUGACACAGUCUGAGCUUUUAGCAGUUAUUUAUGCUGGAAUUAUUGCAUCUGCCUUAAAUUAUGGACUCCUGACGUGGUGCAAUAAGAUCUUGGGGCCUGCUUUGGUAGCUCUUUACAAUCCACUUCAACCUGCAGCUUCAGCCUUCUUGUCAAGAGUUUUCCUGGGGAGCCCUAUUUAUUUGGGAAGUGUUGCAGGGGGUUUACUAAUUAUUGCUGGUCUUUAUGUGGUGACUUGGGCCUCCUUUAGAGAAAGGCAAGCUGCUCUGGGUGUUAAUGUUAUACCACCAAUUGCUCGCGCCUCGGAACCUCUCAUCCACAAAGAUGCAACAAUCAACAAGACACCAUUCCAGAGAGUACACAUUGUACCAAAAUCAUCAUCAGAUUAAGAAUACACUAUAGUGCUUGUGAUGUAAAGUUUAUGCAAAUUCUUGAAAUUGACGACUAUAUAUCCAUUUGAGAUUAUGAUAGCAUGUCUUUUAUAUUCAUAUGUUUUAUUCAUGAAUAGUCAGUUGAUGCAGUUGAGUUACAGUAGGUAUCAACUGGCUUUGCUCCUUGUCUGUUCA